GUUUUGCUGUCCUUUCCAUGUGUACAAAGAGUACAAAGCGCCUUUAGCAUUAUUUAAUUCUUUUACCUUAUUUGAUUAAAACAUCUAAUUUAAGUUGGUUAUGGAAAUUAGUCUUUUGGCUAGUUUCAACUUUCAACCCAAAACAAACUUGGUUUUUCCUUCCCCCCCAACCCCCACCGCCAAGAUUUUAAUGAUUCCUUUUUCUUUCAAAAAGACCACACCAAAAUCAAUACCAAAAUAAAAUCUAGAAGCCGUCUACUAUUUGAAGGAUCUCAGUCGUUAUAAUUUCCAAUUCCUUGUAGAAAAGGAAAUUUGUAGGAGUCAGAGUAAAAUUUAGUGCUACUAUUAAUAGUUCAUGCAAGUAUUACGAAGCUGUCUGCUUUUGCCAAGUGGUGAAAAGGUUUGUGGAAAUUAAGAUGGCGAGUUUGUCAAGCAUUCCUUCAGCCUCGUCAAUGUUCCAGGCCUACGCCUCAAUGACUGCUUCAAUUACCCUUUUUAAGACAAUGCUGAACCAAGUGGUACCCCGCCAAGUCCAGCACUAUAUUGUCUCCAAACUUCGCAGUUAUUAUCGUCCUCAUUCAUCAAACAUAACUCUGGUUAUAGGAGAAAAAGAUGGCAUAGCUAUCAACGAAGUCUAUAAUGCUGCUGAAAUUUACUUGUCAGCCAAAUCCAGCCCUGAAUUUCAACGUUUCAGAGUUAGCAAAAUACCCAAAGACCCAAAAGUGAACGUAAAAUUCGGCAAUUGUGGAAAAAUUACUGAUUCUUUUGAAGGGAUUCAAUUGGUCUGGAGAUACGUUCACGAAGCUGGCUCAAAGAACUCCUCACAAUACGGUGAUUCUGGUCGUGGUAAUUUUGCUUCUGAGAAACGUAGUUACUUUGAGCUAAGCUUUAAAAAGCAACACAAGGAAAAAAUCGUGAAUUGUUACAUCCCUUUUGUACUUGAAAAAGCCAAAGUCAUGUCUGAUGAGAAAAAGGUUGUCAAGUUGAAUUCUCUAGCUACUUGUAGUUCUAUACUUUGGGAUUCCGUCAACCUUGAGCACCCUUCAACUUUUGAGACACUAGCAUUAGAACCAGCACUGAAGAAAGCCAUAAUAGAGGAUCUUGAUAGGUUUUUAAACAGGAAAGAAUUUUACAGGAGAGUAGGAAAAGCUUGGAAAAGAGGAUAUUUAUUGUAUGGACCACCAGGGACAGGGAAAUCAAGUUUGAUUGCAGCAAUAGCUAAUUAUCUAAAAUUUGACAUUUAUGAUUUAGACUUGUCUCAUAUAAGGCGAGACUCGGAUUUGAGAAAGUUGCUGUUGAGCACCAAGAAUAGGUCUAUAAUUGUCAUUGAAGACAUUGAUUGCAGCGUUGAUCUGCCUGAGAGAACUCAAAAUCGCACUAAGGAUGCUGAAUAUGGUCGUUCACGAGAUCGUGAGCUUACACUUGGUGGAUUAUUAAACUUCAUAGACGGGCUAUGGUCAAGCUGUGUAGAUGAGCGGGUUAUUAUAUUUACCACAAAUCACAAAGAGAGGCUUGAUCCAGCUCUGUUGCGACCUGGACGAAUGGACAUGCACGUCCAUAUGUCGUACCUAACAAGUGAAAGUUUUAAGGUCUUGGCCUCUAAUUAUCUGGAAAUUCACGAUCCUCAUCAGGGUUAUUUUCAAGAAAUACAAGAGUUGAUUGAAGGUGUUCAAGUUACCCCUGCAGAGGUUGCUGAGGAACUUAUGAAGAGUGAAGAUGCCGAUGUUUGCCUUGGAGGUCUUGUCAAUUUUCUUAAGAGAAAAAGGAUUUGUAAUAAUAUUACUGAAGAGGUGGAGAUCAAGGACAAUAAUACUACUCCUACUGAUGAAGGGGUACAACUUCCGCAAGUAAAAAGGAGAAAACCAGCUUAGAGUAUAUAUAGCAUAAUUCAAUUUAUUCCUAAAGUAGAAAGAUUAAUUUGUGAGUGAGUUUAAGCCUUUGGUUAUGCCGCAGAAGAUUUUGCUUUUACUUUUUCUUGUUGGUAUUCGAUUGAAUGGUUAUGUGCAAA